CACACCCUCGUUGAGAACCAGUACACCAACAAUGGGGUUGACCGGAACCACGCUGGUGUUGGUGUCUCUGGCCUUUUUCGGAAGCGCUGCAGCCCACAAUUGCCAGAACGGAACGAGACCCGAAUCGGAGAAAAAUCGAGAAGGCUGCGACUAUUACUGCUGGAACGCUGAGACCAAAUUAUGGGACCAAUUUUUCUUUGGGAACGGAGAAACAUGCUUUUACAACAGUGGUGAUCGGGGAACAUGUCAAAACGGAGAAUGUCAUUUGAACACUAGUUCAGGUGGGCCCAACGAGACUGAUGACAAUACUCCUGCGCCCACUGCAAAGCCGAAGCAAAAAAAGAAGAAAACUAAGAAGACUAAGAAAACGAAGAAGACUAAGAAACCAAAGAAAGAUCAGGAGGGGAACUUCUGAUUAAAAUCCCUAAAACUAAACCAGGCUAAAUAAAUCUGAGACACUGA